AAACGAAGAGCACUUGAUAUCGGAGCAGGAAUAGGUCGUGUGACUCGAUCUGUACUGCUCCCUGUACUUGGUCCAACUUCAUUGGUUGAUAUGGUAGAACCUGCCUCAGGAUUUGUCAAUGCUGCUCAAGAGGCCUCUGGUCAAUGGAAAGGAAAGAUACAAAUUUGGCAGAUGGGUAUACAAGAGUUUUGGAAUCAAAGAAAUAAAUACGAUGUGAUUUGGUGUCAAUGGGUACUGGGUCACUUGACCGAUGACGAGUUUAUUGAAUUCUUCAGUCGAGCUUCGGAAGAGCUGGUCGGGAAUGAUGAAGGAGAACCUGGAUUGAUUGUCGUGAAGGAGAAUGUAUGUGAAGGAGAAGGAUGUGUAUAUGAUGAAGUAGAUGGUUCUGUGACACGGUCUGAUGCAGUUUUUCGAAAACUGUUCGACUUAUCAGGAUUGGUGCUGGUAAGGCAAGAUGUUCAAUUAGGGUUUCCAUCUGAAUUGUUUCGCGUCAAUCUUUAUGCACUAGAACGACCAAAAAGUAUUACAAAAAAUCAUCAAAGCCUCAAAUGA